UUUUGUUUGAUUGAAAACCGAAAAAGUUUUAUUGAUCAACAUUUUCAUUUUCAUCCAUCCAUCUGGUCUGAUGAUUUGUUUGUGAGAUUUUAUUCGUUUGUUUACGUUUGUUUUGUUGUCGAUGAUGUUUAUUGCUUUUCUUCUAAUUUAUAACUUUUACUGACUGACUGAACGGAUUCUACCCAAGAAUAUUCUCUGUGUUUGAUCAUCAUCUUUGUUGAUUAAUCACGAUUGAUUGAUUGAUUGAUUGUAAAAUUUAACCAAAAAGAAAGAAAAACACAAAAAAAAAUUCAGCAAUCAUGUUGAAAAUGGGAACAAGAGCCGCCAGUUUCUCGGCAAAAAUAAGAAACCUACAGGAUUAUCAUCAUCGUUUGUUGAAUGGGAUAACACCAUAUCCAUCAAUACCGGACAUAAUAAAUGUGCUGAAAUUUUUUUCACAAGCAUUAUUGACCAUUUUACGUGAUGUUCCAUGCAUUCCAAUCGAUUUAAUUCGUGAUCCAAAUCGUGAUUCCAUUCGAAUUGGUUUUUUUCCCAAUCUUGAUUAUCGAAAUUUAUUCUAUACAUUAAGCGGAAUGUUGGAUUCAUUUGCCAAUAUUCAAUCAACAUUAUCUUCGAAUGCACCGAUUGUAUUUGAAUAUCUUUUACAUGCAUUAGUUUGUUUAGUACCAUUUUUGGAACAUGAAAUGAUGGAUUCAAUGCCAUUAACUGUUGCAAAUACAAUUUCAUUAAAUUUUAUUUCACAUCAAGAUAUAAUCGAUAUGUUAUGUUAUAAUAUUUUACCAUUUACACUUUAUAAUAAAUCCAAAGAAAAUGAUGGAUUCGAUUUUGCAAAAGCAUCGAUACCAUCGAUACUUAUGACCGUAUUAAGUCAUACUGAUUCAUUAUCAUUACAUUCACAAUUAUUAGAAUGUUUAAUGCGUUUAAAAUCAAAUAUUAUUCAAGAUUUACUGGUUGUUAUUGCAUACGGUACGGGUAAAGCACGUCAUGCAUCCGUUGAAUUAUUAUUUCAAUAUUGGCCUGGUUUGAAUCCAAGUGCAUUGGAUCGAAAACAUUUAUCCGAAAAACAUAUACAAUGGAAACCAUUAACAUGUCAAAAUGAUACCUGCCAAAAUACCCUUAAUAAUGAAGCAGUUAAAAUAUGUUUUGCACAAAUUGAUUUAAUUCAAUCAUCAUCACAAUCGGGUGGUGGUGGUGGACAAUCAGGUGGUGGGGGUGGAGGUGGACAAUCCGGAGGCGGUGGUGGUGGUGGUGGUCAAACUGCACCCGGAAUGACAGCAUUACCCGCAUCAAUCGAUCUAAAAGGUCGUCCACCAAUUCCAUUAUUGAUAUGUAUUGAAUGUGCUGAAUCCGUACGUGAACAAAAUUCCCUAAAUAAAUCAAUCAAAAGUCAAGAUAUUUUAUUAAAUGUUUUACAUCCAAUGGCUGAAAUAAGUUAUACAUGUGAAAGUAAAUCUUGUUUAGGUCAACAACAACAACAACAACAACAAACAACUACAAUUCCUAGUCGACCAUUACAUUAUCAUCAUCAACAACAACAACAAUUACAACCAGCCGUUGUAACUUGUUUCAGUACUGAAUGUACAAGUUUUAAUUGUAAUAAACCGGUAAGAUUAUGUCAACAAUGUCAUGAACAAAGACAUGGUUAUUUGAUUGGACAAUCAUUAACACCACCACCACCACCACCGACAACAACAACAACAAAUAUCGUUAAUCAACAACAACAACAACAGCCAUCAAAUAUUGUCGCUGCAUCUUCAACAACAACUGGACGCAAUCAUUUAGUACAGGAACAUCUUCGAUCAUUUUGGCAAUUGCCAUUGGAAGCACAACAACAUUUUACUGAAGCUGUUGUUGCAUUAUUACGUGAAGCAGCUGCAAAUGAUAAAUCAUCAAAAGAAGGUGAACGUUAUAUGCGUACACAUGGUACAGGUGCAUAUACAGGUGCAAUGAGUUCAUCAUUAGGUGCUGAUCGUAUGACCGGUAGUGGUGGUGGAAUGGGUGGUGUUAGUGGUGGUCAAGGUGUAUCAAGUGGUCAAAGUAAUAUUGGUUCAGGAGGACAAGAUGUUACUGGUUCUGGACAGGGUGGUGGUGGAACUGCUGGCGGCGUUGGCGGUUCAAAUAUUGGCAGUAGUGAUCGUGGACGUGAUGGUGGUGGUGGUGGCGCCGGUGGUGGUCAAGGAACUACCGGUGAUUCAAAUGAUUCAUCGAUUGAAGAAAGACAAUUAUUAAGUCGUUAUGGAAUUUGGUUACUGAUUGGUUUGGUUGAUCCAGCUGAAGCUAAUACAAAUGAACGUAUUGAAUUAUUAGGACGUAUGUUAGCAAUGCUUUGUCAAUGGUUUCAUAAUACAGCAUGUUUACCUGAUGAUCAAGCUGGUUCAGCACUGGAACGUAUAAAAUCCGAAUCAAUACAUGGUUGGCUAAUGAAAGUUAUUGAAUCACAAUUUUGUUUGUUUGCAAAUUGCCUAGUACCAAGUCCACCUGAUCAUGCACAAAUCGGUGGUCAUUGGGAAUGUUGGCCAUCAAUGACCAACCAAAUUAAAGAAGGUUUUAAACGUUUAUUAUGUUUAGUACCAUAUGAUAUUAUUACACCGGAUAUUUGGUCAUAUAUAAUGCCAUUUUGGAUGGAAUCUUUUCGUUAUGAUUUAGCUGAAGAUGAAUUAUCUGAAUUAAAGAUAUUAUUAUCAAAAGUAUUGGAUCCUGAUUUAUCACCACUUGGUUUAGAAGCAGAUGAUAUGUAUCGUUUUAUAUCUAGGUCAUUUGAUCAACAAUUACCCGGUGAACAAGAACAGGCAUUAUCUUGGUUACAAAUACUUACGUUACUUGAAAUCCCUGUACCAAUGUAUUUAUUGGAACAAAUGUUUUUAGCUGGUAUAAAAUCAUUUCAUAGUUUACGUGAAAUGUGUAUUCAACAACAACAACAACAAAAAUUGGAUCAAGAUUCGAAGCAACCUGCAAAAGAAGAUCAACAACAACAACAACAACAAGAAGGACAACAACAACAACAAUCGUCGACAACAUUAACACCACCGCAGCAACAACAACCAGAAAUCAUACCACAAUCAGCAUCAAUGUCAAUAUUACCAUCAUCAAUAUCGAUGGAAAAUAUACAACAAUCUGAAUUAUCAUGUUAUGUAUUAAUGUUGGAUAUUAUUGUUAAACAAUUUGAAUAUCUACCUGAUCAACCUGGUCAUAAAGGUUUUAAUGAUCAACAAACGAAUCCCAGAAAAAUUUAUCAACCAUUAACAUUAGCAAAAAUGUCUAAAUCAGAUUCAGAUUUUGGUUUUAAUACAUUAGUCAUUCUAUAUGAAAUGAUUAAUACAACUGAAUGUACAAGUGGACCACAUACAUGUCAUUCAUCAUUACAACGUCCACCUGAUACAAGUCAAAUGUUUAAACCAGAUUCAGUACUAACGGAAUGUUUUUUCUGUGAAUUAUGUUCAAUUUGGUAUCAACUUACAUUACAAAUAAUCACAUUAUAUUCACCAAUUAUUGAAUUAACUGUUAUACCUGAUUUAGCUGAUCAACAUAUGGAAACUGAAACUAUUAAUACAUUUGCCAAAUUAACUAAACGUAAUGGUCUGUUAUUUUCACUUAAUGGUGAUAAUGGACAAGAUGAUCAAGAUGAAGAUGAAGAAGAUAAAGAUGAUCAAGAAGAUGAUGAUAAUAUUGAUGAAUCAGAAUGGAUAAAACAAUUAACCCUGUCAGAACGUUUAACAUUGAAAUUGUUACAAGAAAUCCCAGUUCAUUCUGAUCCAGAUGUACUUUAUCAUUUAUUACAAUGUUUAAAACUGUUAACAUUACAUUGCGGUGUAUUCGUUCAGAUGGCAAAACAUGAACAAAAACGUGAAUUUUUUCUUCGUUGUCAACGUAAAUAUCUGGUCAUUAGUUUAUGGCGUUUAUUACAGGCAGAAUUUUCACAAAUAUCACAAAUUGCUGUACCAUUAUUGUUGCAUUGUAUUGCCCUACCAGGUGGUUUAGCCGUAUUAGUACGAACAAUAAAUUCAGAAUUUCGUUCCACAGAUUGGUGCAUACGUUUUGCUGCAAUUGAACGUGUUGCAACAUUUUCACAAUUUAUUGAUCAAUCAUCAAUGAAAAAUUCACCAUCCAUUCAAUCAGCAUUAUCCAGUUUAUUCAUACACCUGAUACAAACAUUGGAUGAUAUAAAUUCAUCGGUUGCACAACGUUCAUUAACCGCAUUAGAAUUAAUGCGUGCUGCAUCAUUAAAAAUAUAUGUUAUGUGUUUGGAAAUGCAAUUUGAUUUAGUUAUUGUUGAUCGUUGUCUGGUAUUAUCAAGUUUAUUACAAUUAUUUAAUCAUUUAAAUGAACGUCGUAUAUUAACAUGGGAAUUUUUCCUAAAUCGUUUUGAUGCAAUAUUUGUUGAAGCGCAGGUUUUACCAUCCGCUGCAACAACCGGAACAUCCGCUGCAACACGUGAUUUACGUAAUACAAAUAUACAUUCAGAAACAUAUAAGAAAAAAAUAAUACGUGCACAAGAAGCAUUAGGUCAUAUACAUUUAAAACGUUCAUUAUUACCGCAUCAUUUUAGCGGACGUAAUGAACAACGACAUUUAUUAUCGGUUGCUGAAUUUUUUACGCAAGCAUUACGUUCAUCAACUGCAGUAACAAGGAAUAAUGAUUUCAAUCAACAACAACAAGCUGAAACAACAGGUGAAAAUAUUGAUACAUCAUCGACGAUUAACACUGGUCAACAGCAACAACAGGUGUCAUCAAAAUCAAAUUUAUUCACUAAAUUACAUUCACAUCAUUCACAAACACAAUUACAAUUACCACAAAAUUCAUCGAUGCAAAUUCAUCAGACAAAUUCAUCGAUAAAUUUGGGUAAUUUGGGUCCAUCGUCAUCAACAGCGAUGGUUGGUGGUACAGGUGCUAGUACAAGUAGCGGUGGUGGCGCUGUAAGCCGUUCACAUCAUUCACAUCGUAGUGAAAAAUUAAAAAAUCUUUCAGCAUCAAAUCAAGCGGCAAUAAAUCGUAAAUCGUCAAAAUUAGCUGCAUUAACUGGUUCAGCAUUUCCAAAUAAUUUUUUCCAAGAUCAAGGACAAACUAAACAAGAUAUGGCACAAGAAGAAUUGAUGCUUUUUAAUGUUGUACAUCGUCAAAUGGAUGAUAAUAUUGCUGGUGGCAGUGGUGAAUAUUGUGAUCAAGAAACAUUACAUUUAUUAGUAUUUUUAUUUAUGCAAUUUUUAUCAUAUCCUGAUCCACAACAUCCAAUCGAUGAUAAAUCAUUAAAUCGUACACAGAUUAUUGUUUUGCGACAUCUGAAUACAUUACUUGGUUAUAGUAUGUCGGAAAAUAUAUUCUUAUUAAGUGCAUAUGAUCUUCGACGAAAAUCAGUAUUUUCUGCAUUCAUUUCUGCAUUACCUGAUGUUUUAGAUUUAAAUCUUUCGGUUGGUUCAUUAUUAUUAUCAUUAAUAUUUCCAAUAUUAUUAUAUUGUCCGGCUGAACAUCAUACUAUUUAUCUUAGUGAUUUGGAUCAUUAUCAAUCAACAUAUUCACUUUGGUUAUUAUCAACAAAUCUUCGUCGAUCAUGGCUAAAUUCAUUGAUAAUUAUUUUGUAUAAACAUCAAUAUGCAACAUCGAAUAUGAAUGCAAAAUUUAUUCAUCAUUUAAUACAAAUUGUACAGAAUACAUUAGAAUCAGCGCUGGAACAUAAAUGUAAUCCAAAUGCAGCAGCAGCCCGGCGAAGAUCACGUGAACAACAAAAAGAAUCAAAUGUUGUUGCUGUUGGUGGUAAAAAUCAACAACAACAACAAACAACAACAGCUACGAUGACAACAAUGAUGGCAAAUCAAAUGGAAACAGAAACAACAACAGCAGUGAUAAAUCAAAAUUAUCAACAACAACAACAACAACAACAGGUGAAAUCUAUGGGAUCCGAUUCAAAUGAUGAUACAAUAACAACAUUAUCAGCUGCUAAAAUGAUAUUAGCUGCUGAGCAACAACAACAAUCGAUAACAACAGGAACAGGUAAACAACAACAAUCGAUAGAUUCGUCCAUCACAACAAAAGAUUCAAAUGUUGUUAAUCAAAAAGAUGAACAGCAGCAACCUGAUGAAGAAUUAAAUGUUAUGUUAAUGUUGAUCGAUAAAGCUAAAGAAUUGGAACAACAAAAAUAUAAAGAUAAACAACAGCCAACGAUUAAAAAGGAGAUUGUAAAAGAAUUGGAUGAAAUUAAAGUGGAAAAAGUUGAAGUUUAUACUGAUCAUUAUCAUCAACCACAACAACAACAACAACAACAACAAUCGAAACCGAUGAAAAAAUCAAUCAAUAAAAUACCGGAUGAACAAUCGAUAUCAUCACCGCAACAAUCGAUAGUGAUGGAAACUCAAACGCCACCACCGCCACUACCAUUGGAAAGAUUAUUACCGGUUGGUGGUGAAUUAUGUGAUGCAAUUUGUACAAGUUUACAACGAAAACCAUUAUAUCCAUCAAUGUUACAACAACAACAACAACAAUCUUCUAUGGAUCAAUCUAAUGAACAACAAAAACCAGUAACAACAACAACAAAUCAACCUUGUUGUUGUUGUUGUGCAGCAGCUACUGGUCAAGUUUGUUGUUUAAAUUAUCAACAAACAUUGGAUGCAUUUCGUCAACUUCCACCACCACCACCUAUUCGUAAUCAUUCAACUGAACGUUUAUUACCGAUAGGACCACGACCACAUCAUCAUCAUCAUCAUUCAAGAUCAUUAACUGGUGGUAGUAGAUCGGUUGAAAGAUCAACAUCAUCUGGUCCAUUACAUUAUUCGGGAAAAAAAUCUGGUCGUAAUCGUUAUCUAAUUCGACAACAUACAACAAUUGCAACAACAACAACAAUGUUGGCAGAUGAAAAUCUAGAUAAACGAUUAUUAUCAUCAUCAAAAUCAAUGGAUUCAAUGGAUCCAUCAUUAUCAUUAUCAUCAUCAUCAUCAAAAGCACGUUUAGUUAUUGCAAAAAUUCGUUCAGAACCAGAACCAGAAUUGAAAAAAUCACAGAUAAUUUUAUCACCAACAUCAAAUUCAUCAACACCACCGAUGAUGGCUAAAGAAAUGAUUGUUGUACAACAACAACAACAACAACAACAACAAGAAUCUAGUCACGUGACAAAAACAAUUAUUAAUCAAAAAAUGCAAAAAAAUAUUUCACCAUUAAAAUCGGCAUCAAGUCCUAAUCUGAAUGAUGGUCCGAUACAACAAUCAUCAUCAUCAUCGCAACAACAACAACAACAACAAUCAAAAUCAAUUCAACAACAACAACAACAGAAGCAACAAAGAAUACCGCCAACACAAACACAAACACAACCAUCAUCACCAACAAAAAUUGAAUCACCAGCAUCAUUAGAAUCAUCUAUAAGUAUUAAAACAACAUCAUUAACAUCAACAUUAAAACCGAUGGAUAAGAUUAUUAAAUCAACAUCGACAUCGACAACAACAACAACAACAAAAUCAUCAAAACAACAACAACAACAAAAAAAGAAAAAGAAAACAAAGAAUAAAUCAUCAUCAUCAGCAAUAAAAUCAUUACAGCAGCAACAACAACAAACUAGUUCAUUAGUAUUUCCUAGUGUACAACAACAACAACAACAACAAUCGGAAAUUGAUACAAUAUCACCGCAUUCAUUUUCAGCACCAGCAUCAGCUCGUCCUACUCAACAACAACAACAACAAAUGUCGGAUACAAUGAUGACAGAUUCGCAAACGCAACAACCGCAAUCGCAAUCGCAAUCAACUAAAGAACAUACUGGUCGUUCAAAUGAUUCAACAAAUUCUGAUCUUUCAUAUCAUCAACAACAACAACAACAACAAAAACAACAAUUUGAACUUUGUAAUUGUUGUGAUAUGCCAAUUGAAAAAUUUGAUGAACAUGAACUUGGUCUUUGUUUAGUUGCAUUGGCAACAUUUGUACAUCGUAAUCCAACAUUAGCUGCACCAACAUUACCACAAAUAUUAAAAUUAACAUCACGUUAUGCAUUGCGUUGUGUUUUUCCUUGGCAAAUGGAAAGUAAUAUUCAUCUACCAGGUAAUACAGCAAGUAUAGCCCGGCAAUUUAUUCGUUGUACCCUACAUCAACUAAAUUCCAAUGGAAUAUUUCGUCAAAUAUUUCAAACACAUUCAGGUGAUAUUAUUAUGUUUCGUUCAAUAGCAAUAUCAUUAGCUGAUUUUGUUGAAUUAAAUCAAGUAACACCAUUAAAAGAAUUAUUUGAAGCAUUAACCGAUGAUAAACAACUGCCACCAUUAUCACAAAUUCUUCUAACAUUAUCCAAUGUAGCAACAUAUUUUGAAUGUGUUUUUGUUGAUUAUAAUGUAACACAAAGUUGUUCAUUAUCAACAUUAUCACCAAUCAUAUCAAGUCAAUAUGGUGCAAAUGUACCAGUUAUGGGUGCAUCAAUUGUUGCAAAUCAACCAUGGUCAGAUCUGAUGACACCAUUAGAAAAUUAUCUUCGACGAUUAUCAUUCAAUCUGAUUGAUAUUGCACCAAAUAUUCAUAAUCUUGUACCAUUAAUGCGUGUAUUAUUAGCAUUAUUUAAAAUACCUGGUAUUGGUGCACAUCGAUCAAUUCUGGAUCCAGUUACAAAAAUUCUUGCACAUAUAUUUCAACAUUCACCAAUUUUAUUGGAACAUGUUCGUGAUCUUUGUAUACAUUGUAAUCGUGCUUAUGUACGUGAUCGUGAUCGUUUCUGUAUUGCUCGAACAUUUGCACAAGAACUUGUACAAGCAUUACGUUUUCGUACACAAGCACCAGAUGAAAAUAUUUUUGCAUUAGUACAAUGGGCAUUAGAAGAUGCUGGUGGUUCAUUACCAUAUUCAAUUGCUCUAGGUCUGACCGGUAUUACUGUUGAACUACCAACAACAAAUGCAACCGAAUGUUUAAGAUGUUUUAUACCAGAAUUAUUAGAAUUUAUUGGCGAUCUUCAUGCAUUGGCAAAAUUACGUAGUAAUUUUCAAGGUACAUCUAUACAUAUAAAUCAAGAAACAUUAGGUGGAAAUCUUAAAGCAGGUAUAUCACAAUUUUUAGCAUUAGAAUUAACAAGAUUAAGUGGUUCAGAUGCAAAAGCUAUUACAAAAUAUUUACCAUGGUUAUAUUCAUUACCAUCAAUACAAAAUGGACCAAAAGAAUUUUCUGAAUGUAUAUCACAUGUACGAUUAUUAUCAUGGAUAUUAUUAGGUUCAUUACAACAUACUGCAUUAAUGAAAUGUCAUCCAUCACAAUCAUCAUUACUUGUAUCGCAACCAAUACCAUUAGAUGUUAGUAAUCAUGUUGCUGAACAUAUUCAUGUAAUAUUGGCUGGUUUUGGUUCCGAAUCAAAAUCAUCUGUUGUACAUAUGUCAGCAUUAUUUUAUGCAUUUUUACUUUGUCAAUUAUGGACUGUUUAUUGUGAACAAUUAGCAUCACAAAAUCCACCCGGUUCGGAUGCAGCACAUCAAAAUAUCCUGGUAUUAACGGAUUUUUGGACUAAAGUUACACCUGGAAUUUUACAGAUUAUAAGCCAUUCAAUGACUGAAAUACCACAGUUGGCCGAUACCAUUACAUUACAUUUUUUAUCAUUAAUUGAAACAUUAAUGGAAUGUAAUUCGGAAAUACUUGCAAGGCUACUACCAUUAUGGUUACCAUUUUUUAAUAGUUAUCCUGGACAAUUAUCUGAUCAUGUAUCAGCACGACUGAAAACAUUGAUAAGUUGGCCAGUACCAGCACAAACUAAAAAUGAUGCAAUGAUGUUAUCCACUGUAUUGAUACGUUGGUUACAACGAAUUCAAGCUCGGAUGAGUCAAAUUGAAAUACAAUCAUCAACUGUUACACAAUUUUAUUGUGUUUAAUUUGGUUUUUUUAAUAGAUUUUAUUAAUGUAAAAACAAAAAGUUAAAAAAAAAUAAUAAUAA